AUGCGCAGUCGAAGAAACCCGACGGCGAAGACGACAGUAUCGGUCGGACGAGCCAGGAGCUGUUUGACGUGCGGCAGCGUCAAACACAAGGUGUUAAGAUGCCCCAAGGUGCAGCCGGGCGAGGUGCAACGGUUGCUGGAACAGCGGUUCAAGAAACUGCAUGUCGCUGCUGUGGCAGCACCGGACAAGAAGGACGAGACCACGCGCAAGGCUAUUUGUGCGGCCGUAGAAGUCUACGAAGAAAUCUCUACGGUGUGCCCUCGCACGGUCUCGUUCGACAUCAAUGGUGUCAAGGCGCUUGCCCUGUUGGACAGUGGCGCUGACCAGUCGGUCGUGCCACCGAAGUUUCUGUUGUGA